AUCACAACUCUCUAACAGCAAAUAUAUAAUGGAUCGAUCCAAGUACACUAUUGGUUGGAUAUGUGCGCUUACCGAGGAAUUUGUUGCGGCGCGAGCCUUUCUUGACGAAACGCAUGAGCGCCUAAAAGAUCAGGACCCGAAAGAUUCAAACAACUAUGCACUAGGCAAAAUGUCUGAUCAUAAUAUUGUUAUUGCUUGUUUGCCCUUGGGGGAAUAUGGCACAGCCUCUGCCGCAGGGGUUGCCAUCAACAUGGUACGAAGCUUUCCCAAUAUCCGCAUUGGCAUGAUGGUGGGGAUUGGUGGAGGCGUCCCUUCGAAGCGGCAUGAUAUUCGACUCGGCGAUGUUGUUGUAAGCACGCCAGGCAACGGCAAUGGGGGAGUAUUUCAAUACGAUUUUGGUAAAUCGAUACAGGCAAAGGAAUUUGUCGAGACAGGGUUUUUAAACCAACCUCCGGAGAUGUUACGGACAGCACUACAGUCCCUAAAGGCUAGUCAUCAGCUAGAAGGACAUACUCUGAUCAACGAUGUGGAAGAAGUUCUUCAGGACAGACCGAGAUUAAAGAGGACAUAUUGUCGUCCAAACAUCGACGAUCAAUUAUAUAAAUCGACUUUUAUACAUUCCAGCCCGUCGGAAGAUUGCCAGUCAUGUGGCAGCGACCCAUCUCAUGUAGAACCGCGAGAUCCACGCGAUCAGGAUGAUGAUGAUCCAGCCAUACAUUACGGACUGAUUGCUUCUGGGAAUCAAGUCAUGAAGGACGCCCUUGUCCGCGAUAAACUCGGAAUGGAAAGGGGUGUUUUGUGUUUUGAGAUGGAGGCUGCAGGAUUGAUGAAUCGCUUCCCAUGCCUUGUUAUCCGUGGCAUUUGUGAUUACUCGGAUUCACAUAAGAACGACAAAUGGCGCGGAUAUGCAGCAAUAAUGGCCGCAGCAUAUACGAAAGACCUCUUACGCCAUCUCAUCCCCGAACAAGUGAUAUUCGAGAAAAGCGCCAUUGACCUGCUUCAAGGCAUACACGAUCAACUUGAAAGCCUAGUUCAAAAGACGGACAGUGUCAACUACCAGCUUGAUUUAGCCAAAUUAUCAAUUGCUCACGGUGCUGAAUUUGAUUCAUUUGCAAUUCAACAUGAUGAAGAAUGUCUUCCCGGGACUAGAACUGAAAUUCUUCAUCAGAUUUGGGAAUGGGCGGGUUCACAACGGGGGAAAUGCAUAUUCUGGCUGAAUGGAAUGGCUGGUACUGGGAAAUCUACAAUUUGCCGAACCUUGGCAAAAGAUUUCCAAGGAAAAGGAGUACUCGGUGCCACUUUCUUCUUCAAAAGAGGUGAAGCAGAUCGAGGCAAUGCGUCCAAAUUUUUCUCUACUAUCGCUAAACAAAUAUACCAAAAACUUCCCGAGAUCGAUUUGAGAAAAAUUAUUGAGGAACAGCCAGAUAUAUCGAAUAAAGCCCUUUCCAUGCAAUUCGAGACGCUCAUCCUUCGGCCAUUAUCGACCUUGCGUUCGACAAAUAGUGGACUUCCGCUGAUGAUGAUUGUAAUCGACGCGUUAGACGAGUGCGAGGACGACAAUAAUAUCCGAGCCAUAAUUCAGCUGCUUCCACAUUUGCAGGCGACUCAGUCUAUUCGACUUCGAGUAUUCAUCACAAGCCGACCCGAGUUACCAAUUCGAUUAGGAUUCAAAGAUGUAGAGGGAGGUUAUCAAGAUCUGGUCCUUCAUCACGUCCCUAGGGUCAAUAUUGAACAUGAUAUCUCUCUCUUCAUAAACCACAAGCUUGAUAGUAUCCGGAAAUACAGAUCUCUCCCUCAAGAUUGGCCUGGCGCAAUUAGGAUUCAGUGGCUUGUUAACAUGUCCAUUCCGCUAUUCAUUUUCGCUGCCACUGUGUGCCGUAUGCUUCAAGAUCACGAUCUAGACCCCGAGGAGGCCUUGGAAGAUAUUUUCAAAUAUGAAGAUGAAGAAUCUAAGCUAGAUGUUAUUUAUCUUCCGAUACUGGAUCGUUUAUUUUCCAAAUAUGGCAAAAAAGGGAGGCAAAAGCAGUUCAAGCAAGUUCAAGAACUGGUGAGCACGAUUGUUCUCCUUGAGAACCCACUGUCAAUCAUCGCACUAUCAAGUCUUAUUGGCAUACCGACUACGACAGUCAAUACAGGAUUAAAUUCACUACAUUCCGUUUUGAACAUACCAGUUGAUGAAACUGCGCCAGUACGAUUUUUUCACCUAUCAUUUCGCGAUUUCUUACUGGAUCGCAAGACACGUGGAAAGACUGCACUCUGGAUAGAUGAAAAGGAAACGCACGGAAGGCUCACCAAGUACUGCCUCCGUAGAAUGUCGAACAGUUUAAGGAGGAAUAUUUGCAAUCUGUCAGAUUAUGGACUCGGGCCAAGAGAGAUGGAUGCUGAUAUUAUUAAUCGGUAUAUUCCAUCAGAGUUGCAGUAUUCAUGUCGGUAUUGGGUAUACCAUUUGAGAAAAAGCCAAAAUCCAGUCACCCUUAUUGAUGAUGCAUUAUUAUUUCUACAAAAUCAUUUGCUUCAUUGGAUAGAAGCAAUGAGUCUAUUAGGCUUGGUUUCAAAUGUUAUUCACGCUAUUCACAAUUUGCAAUAUGUCGCCCAGGGUGGUCACAAUUCCAAGAUGUUGGAACUCCUGUACGACGCCAGACGGCUUGUUCUUAAAUUUAGAUAUAUAGCUGGCGCUGCGCCUCUCCAGCUUUAUAUUUCUGGCUUAAUAUUCGCUCCAACCCGUUCAGCGACUAAAAAAUCUUUCCUGAAAGAAAAGCCCGAUUGGAUAUCCGUAUCAAGAAACAUUGAAGACAACUGGGACGCGCAUUUACAAACGCUUGAAGGCCACAAAGAAAAUGUUGAUUAUAUCGCCUUCUCUUCUGACGGACUCCUAUUAGCAUCUUGCGCGAAAGAUAAAACUAUAAACAUUUGGGAAAUUGCCACUGGCACCCUGCGACAAACGUUUACAGGUCAUGAAAAUUCGAUUUUAUGCGUCGCUUUCUCACUGGAUACCCAGACAUUGGCAUCUAUCUCUGUGGAUGCCAUAAUGAAGUUCUGGGAUGUUGCCACAGGUGCCUCGCUAUGGAAUAUAAAACUUCAAGAUGAUGAGAUAUGGGAUGCUUGUUUUUCUCCUGACAUAAGCUUACUAGCGACUCACAGUCGCGGCAAAACUGCGAUAUGGGACCUUUACUUGGGAGUUCAGAAGCACGAGCUGGGUAAAACUUCGUUGUUUCAUUCUUCAACUUUCUCCGCAAAUGGAUUGCUAUUCGCUGGUGCCUCAGACUGGGAUAUAAUCAUUUGGAAUACUGUCACUGGCGCUGUACGACAAACAAUCAAGGGCCAGUCAGGACGGGAUAACGCUACAUGUUUGGCAUUUUCGCCCAAUAGCCAGCUAUUAGCAUCUGCCCACGAGCCUGACUGUGUGAAGCUUUGGGAUGUCAUUACCGGCACUCAAAAAUAUAUUUUCGAAACAUGCGGGCAUCUGACUCGCGUAGCAUUCUCGCCAGAUAAUCAGUUCCUAGCAAUCGGUCAUUAUAACGGCAUAGUACUUUGGGACCUUGCCACAUACCGCUUGUGCAAAGAUAGUUCCAAAUCUGCUGCCAUUAUUGCUUACUCUCCAGAUGGCAAGACUUUAGCAUCUACUGGUUUCAGCAAAGUCAUUGAGCUUUGGGAUCUUAAUAUGGAAUUUUUGAACCAAGAGUCUUCUUCAACAUCGACCCAAGAGAUCGAAUUCUCUUCAGAUGGCAAACUUCUUAUCUCUUCCCUUGACAAAGACAUCAGUAUUUGGAACCCGUCGCAAGAAAGUCUGCAACAGGUUUUAUGCACAAAUUCGCAUGGAUCAGCUACUACUAUAGCACUCUCUGCGGAUGGCCGAUUACUCGCAUAUCCUUCUAUACUCUUACCUAAUCAUCCUCGGCGUGUCGGGUCCGUUGAGGUAUGGGAUAUUAAGAUGGGCAUCCACUGGUCUAUCUUGACUAAAAAAUGCCAUAUGAUGGAAUUUUUACCAGACUGUCAACAAUUAGCAAUUGUAGAAGAGGAAUACAUCGCUUUUUGGGCUUACACCGAGGAUCUUACGCAAACCCCAAUGCCUACGAAGAGUAAUGACAAUACAGCUGGAAGUCUGCAACAGGACGUGGAAAGGGUUGGAAUGUGGGUUUUACAACGAACAUUAAAUCGCACAAAAGGUCAUUUGGGUGCGGAGUCAAGAAUUUCUUUUUCUCCUGAUGGCCGACACCUGGCUAUGUAUCUCUAUGUGGAUGGUUCAGUUGGUCUUGACGUCGAGAUUUGGGAUUUGACUACAGGGUCAUUGAUACAGACUCUUGAACGUUGCUUUACGAAUCUUGAGUUUGUGGCCUUUUCUAUCAGUGGCCAACUCCUAGCCCGUGAGAGACGGGAUGAUUUUAAGGAAGAAGGGCGCAUAACAACUUAUGGUCCUAUCAUCGAGCCUUGGGAUCUGGACACAGGCAAGUUACAUGAAGCCUUGGCAAAAAAGCGCCGACGCAAACGCCCUAAACAUGCUGUUUUACCCAGCCUUCUUCCAGUAGAGGGUGUAGAAUUUCUAACAUUUCAAAACCGAUAUGUUAAACGCAAGGAUAUUACAAUAUUCGAAGGGGAGUGGGUAUGUUUUCAAGAUCGUAAGAUCUUAUGGCUUCCCUUUAAGUAUCGAGCAACUUCUUCUUCUGCAAACAAUACUACUCUUGCUCUUACACAUGGAUGGGGAGAAAUUACUUUCAUACAAUUCUCAGUCUCUGCUGAAUUAAAAAUCUAAAUAUGAAUAUAAUAACAUUAUCAUUAUGCGAG